AUGUCUUCCGAAGCCCCCACCGGAGAUGUUCAGGACAACGAGUACGUGUCCCGCCAGGGUGACCGUGAGCCCAUCAGUGUCCUCGGCGACGAUGCUAAAGUCGAGGACCCUAUUGAUGCUGAGACUGCCAACUCCGAUGCUCAGCUAGAGCGUGAUGAUAAGGAGGCCAUCGAUAAGAGCAACAUCGUGGAAGGUCGUACCCGGGGUGCUAAGCCUACUGGCGAAUACCGCGAGCCCGGUGACACCGAGGGGUUGGAGGAUAAGCGUCUUGAGUAA